AGCAGCAGGGGGCAGCAAAGAACCAAGCGCUGCUUCCGGGCUAAGUAUUUACGGAAGUAGGCAGAUUGUCAUCAGAAGUCUUAGUGGUUUUGGACGAACGGAACAUAAAAUGAUAUUUUCUCCACGUUUUAACUCGAUCUUUUGUGAUCAAGAAGCAUUUUGUUGAUCUCAGCUGUGGAGACGUGACGAAUCUGCUCCUGUAGUUCUUCAAAGUGCCGUCGCGGCUUCACGCUCCGGGUUGCUUGAAGGACGGUCCAGGAAACAACUGAUUCCCUUCUGGCUCCGAGUGGAAGGUGACGUUUGCGUUCAGGUGUCGUUGCCAUGGGAAACGAACAGAGUGGAGAUGCGGAACACAAACACUCCGAGUACAGCGCAUCAGCGGUGCCGUCCCCGGCCAGACAGAAGGCAAAGAUGGAUGACAUCGUGGUUGUGGCUCCGGGGACUCAGGCGCUGAGAAACAUCCACAGCGACCCCGAUGUGAUCAAGCUCCAAGAGAUCCCCACCUUCCAGCCGCUUCUGAAAGGAGUGCUGAGCGGUCAGACGUCCCCAAGCACCGUCUGUCUGGAGAGGCUGGACCCGGCUCAGGUUCUGCAGCUCUGUAUCCGGUACCAAGACCACCUGCACCAGUGCGCUGAGGCCGUGGCUUUCGACCAGAACGCUCUGGUCAAGAGGAUCAAAGAGAUGGACUUGUCUGUGGAAGCCUUGUUCAGCAUCAUGCAGGAGCGUCAGAAGCGCUACGCCAAGUACGCCGAGCAGAUCCAGAAGGUCAACGAGAUGUCCAUGAUCCUGCGGCGCAUCCAGAUGGGGAUUGACCAGACGGUGCCGCUCAUGGAGCGUCUCAACAACAUGCUGCCGGAGAGCGAGCGUCUGGAGCCCUUCAGCAUGAGGUCAGAGGGCGAGCCUGCCUCCAAGUAGGCCAAGCUGGACCCAAACCCGGCCACGGAACAGGUGGACGAACGUGGGCCGCUUCGACUCGGCCCGUUUUGCCUUAACUGAAAGCGAUAAGUAAGUGGCUCGUUUAGUCCUGCAUGUUUUCCCAACACGGGGAAGGAGCAGGGAAAAGUUUCACAUCUUCUUCUUGGACACAAACCAUGGAAAAAUCAUGGAGACACUUGCCAAAAAAAAAAAAACCCACAGAACUAACAAAAGGCUUUUUUUUUUUGGAUCGCUCGUCUCACUUUACAAAUCAUGGCUGAAAUCGUCCUUUUAGUUCCAGUUCUGGUGUUUCGUCCUGAGCAUCAAGAUCAAGACCCUCCAUUUGUGGGAAACUGAGAAUGUUCUAGACGGACACAACCCAAAAGUCAAAGAGUCGAUGUUUGCUUUGAGUUUUACUAGAAUGGUUUGGUGUGAAGUAUGCUGAAGUAACAGCAAUGGAUUAAACCAGCGUGGCUCUGAGCUGUUCCUCAAAAAUAGCACCAUCAUUUUCAAACACUUGGAGCAUCGUUCAUGGACCUAAAAAUCAUUCAAUGUUAACACAGCUGACCCGAGAGGGCACUGGGAGGACGGUCGCAAGACACGCAUUCAUAAAAAAAUCUUUUGCCUCUUUCCACCUCCAACAGCAAAUGUGUCGCCCUGGGCUAGUGCCCUUGGCAAAAGGAGUUGGAGCAGCAGAAGAAGCUCUGAGCACUAAUGACAGAGGAAUGGGUCAAAAUGAUGAAUUAUGCAAGUUGUGACACUGCAAAUAUUGAAUAUUUACAUAAACCUGUUUGUUUUUUUUAAUAAAGACCUUCAAAGUGAAUAAAAUGUUAUUUCUCCUCAUGCUAAUGCUGUAAGUUAAAGGGCACAAAAGGUUACAUCCAGCUACACACACUGUUUUUUCACUAGGUGGCGCCAAAUAUGCAUGUUUUUUUUUUUGUUUUUUUUCCUGUAUGGUCAAUAAAAGUUCAGUUAUUUCACAAACUCAGUCAUUCAGUGAAACACAUUAUAUAAAUUAAUUAGACACAAACUGAUGCUCUCAAGCCUUUUAUUUUUGUUGAUUUUUUUUGUUUACGACUAAAUUUAAAGCACAUCCAGGACCA